UGGUUGUAUAAUCUACGUAUACUACAUAGCCGUGUGCUGUGCUCGUGUAGUAAAAUACUCUGCAAAUAAUCAUUAAGCAUAGUAAUUCACUAUUCAUUAUUCAAUUAAAGUUGUAUAACACAAUAUGACAUGGUAUGGGUGAUGGGUCACAAAUAAAUGAACUGAUCACACUCUGAAAAAAAUGCCGCCGAAACAAAGAAAAAUCGCCAUUAUGGGCUAUCGUUCAGUCGGUAAGUCGUCGUUGAGCAUCCAGUUUGUUGAAGGUCAAUUUGUAGAUUCUUAUGAUCCAACAAUUGAAAACACUUUUGUGAAAACCACUAAAGUUAAUAAUCAAGAAUAUGACUUGAAAUUAGUCGAUACAGCUGGACAAGAUGAGUACUCCAUAUUGCCAACACAGUAUUCCAUGGACAUUCAUGGAUAUGUCUUGGUCUACAGUAUAACCUCUCCAAAAUCUUUUGAAAUCAUUCAGAUAAUUUAUGAUAAAUUAUUAGAUAUGACUGGCAAAGUACAUGUUCCCGUAGUAUUGGUAGGUAAUAAGAAAGAUUUACAUAUGGAUCGAGUUGUUACACAAGAAGAAGGACGGAGGUUAGCAGAUUCUUGGAAAGCUGUAUUCCUUGAAGCUUCAGCCAAGCAGAACGAGGUAACAUCAAAAAAAUGUGUUGCUGAUAUAUUUCACACUAUGUUAAUGGAAAUUGAAAAAGCAAAUGGGAAUACUGUUCAAGAAAAUAAUAAAUGCAGUAUAUCAUGAAAAUAUAUGACUGUUAAUUUUUUUAAUAUUUCCGAAAAUGUUAAUUUAUUUAACUAAUGUGAAAUUAACAUGAAAAAUACCACUGAAGCCAGAAAUGAUUAUUGUUUAUUUUUAAGUAAUUUUUAAUUUUAAUACAACUAAAAUAUAUAUUUAUAUAUGUAUCU